UGAGAUACAACUACUACUUGCAGCUACUGAACUGGCGUUGUCAUAGCAACAAGUACGCGUUUUCCCGAAAUAAUAAACGCUCCUAAAUUAUAUGGUAAAUACACAUGUCUCCGGAAGUUAUGAAUAAUCCUGAUCAAAAACGAGUUUUGCACAUCAAUAUUAUAGUGUUUGGAAUACGUUUCUGAAUUGUAACAAGGCCACAAGACAAUGGGUUCCAGGGGCUUGAGUCCUCAACAGUGGCUUGAUGCAUUUAAUGACCUGCAUGCAUCAAUAUAUACAUUCAGUCGGUGUAUGACACUUGCUGAUAUAAAUGCAGAUGGAGACUAUAGACUCAUCACUUCUGAUCUUGGCACAGGAACUACAAAUAUUAAACUUAAGGUGUAUAAGGGCACAACCUUAAUGUCAGAGAGCACCCUUAUGGAUGUGCCAGCUGGUGUUGUUACCUUCCACAUGGAUAUGAAUGAGCCACGAGUGCCUGCUAUUGCAGUUGCCUCAGGUCCCAGUAUCUUUGUCUACAAGAACAUGAGGCCUUAUUUUAAAUUUUCACUUCCAUCCAUGAAUGUGAAUCCACUGGAGCAAGAUCUGUGGCUUGAGGUUCGGAACAAACAUAUGGAAGUGGAAAUAUUUUAUGAGCUCCUGCAGAACUUACGCCAGGAACUUGGUUUCUCUAAUCUAACGUCUCGUUCCCAGCAACUUUUAAUGCUUGAUCAUUCUAACUGGAGAAGUUUUGUCGACCAGUACAAAGACAUACCACUUAAAAGACAGAGUGUCAUAACCUGUAUUACAACACUGAAGAAGUCCAUGACAGAUGAAGAUGCAGCUUCAUGUUUAGUAGCAGGAACAGAGAAUAGUGACAUUUACAUUUUGGAUCCUGAUGCAUUCACAAUACUUGAGAAUAUGAACCUUGGAGGAGAAGGAAAUCCUACCUUUGUUGGAGUUCCAGCCCACAUGGCUGCAACAGGCCUUCAUGAUGUUGAAUUCCGAAUUGUGGUGGUAUGUCGUGAUGGCUGCGUAUACUUGGUGCGUAGGGCCUGGACCCAGGCUCGCCCUCUGAUGCAGCUUCCUGCUCAAGCAGUUGCCAUGGUUGUACUGCCAGGGAACAGCAGCAUUGUUCUUGCACUCAUGAAUGAGUUCCUCAUUGGUUAUACUAAAAAGGGUAAGAAGCAGUGGGAACUUAAAUUGCCAAGUGCUGCAACAGCAAUGGCUCCAGUACCACUGCAUCAUCUAGGUCUCACUCUCGUGGCUGUGGCACUUACUGGUGGUACUGUAAACUUCUACUCAGGCUGUCAGAUCAUGGAUACCAUUACAGCAUCUGACACAGUGUCAGCACUUCUGUUUGGAAGAUUUGGCCAAGAGGACCACAGCCUCAUUCUUGUUACAAUCAGUGGUCAUCUGUUGGUGAAGAUUUUGAAGCGAACAGCUCAAUUUACUGCUCAAUCAAGUGGAACAGGAAUGGUACCUCCUCAACAAAUAAAAAUGCUUGUGCCAAAGAAAACAAAAGUUUUUAUGGAACAAACUCUUAGAGAAAGAGAGAAUGCAGUUGCAAUGCAUCAAACAUUUCAACAUGAUUUGUUUCGGCUGAGACUGAACACAGCCCGUGCAUGUGUAAAUGCUCUCCAGAGUUGCAAGAACCCCUUCUCUAUGGACACUCAUGAGCCAAUAAAAAUGUCAGCACAGGUUUUGGGAUUGGGCCCAACAUUCAAAAUUCAUAUUACAUUAGAGAACAUGUCCGCCUCAAAUCCAGUAAAAGAUCUUGCAAUUACCUUUCAUUGUGAUGAUAAAUUGUAUAUAAUUGAGAAACCUUUUAUUCAAGUUCCAUUGCUAGUUCCCGGUUUGACAUACAAAUUUGAAUCUCUAGCAGAAUGCAUCGCAGAGGUUGGUAUAUCUGAUCAAGUUCAGAUAUUCAUUGUGAAACUGAACUACACACAGCCAGUGAUGGCUGCAGUUAUAAACAUGCCCAUCAGCGAUGUGUUGGCGCUGGUAUAAAAUAUAUUUCAGAUUAUUAUCUUUAAGUGCUAAUGUAAAGAAAAUGACAACAUAAGUAUGAAAUGUGACACUGACCACUCUAUGAAUAUGUCAGAAAGUUACGCUGUAGUAUUAGAAGGAAUAAAAUUACUGUGAAAAGA